AUGUUGAACUAUUUGUUUAAGUUUCUCCAGCGGAGCCCCUCAUAUAGAAGGAUCAACUACCACAGCACUUCUGCACGGUUUCGUUCAAACCUUAAGCUGAAAUUGAAUAUGCAAAUGCAUGACGCUACAGUCACACAUGAAACAGGAAUUGACAAAGAUGUGUGGCUGUUCAGGAUGCACGCAACUCACGGAUGCACGCAAGUCACGUUUAAGACAGACAAAUGGAAAAAUGAAUUACCUGAACAAAUCGAAAUCGUACACGAAACAGAAAGGCCUGAGUCACACCCCACUAAAGCUCCAACAAUCACUUCGCCGUGGCAUCUAGCAGUCAUGAAAGGAUUUUUGUCACUUGUGCUCGUCUCCAUCGCUCUCCUGCAGACGACAGCAGCAGUACCCACUGCGUCAGCGCGUCGCAGCAUAGUCAUUGCACGCACCCCUGAGAUCGAGACUAAAGAUCUUGAGGGGCGCAGCUUCAUUCGGUACGCGGGUGCCGUGUACCCUGAUCUUGACGACUCCGAAGCCAAGGUUAUGGAAGCACUAAUCAUCAAGACUGUCAUUGGUCCAAUAACUACAAAGUUCGAGGAAGUUUUUAUCUAUGUACAUUGUACUGCGCUCGUUUGCGGUGAAUAUAUUCUUGAAGUUCCGAACACCUCCAUCAGGAAAAACUUCCCCUGCUAA